AUCACUACGACACUGUAAGAGUUAAAGCAAAGAAGCAAAAACUAAAAAAAAAUUUAUAAAAAAUUAUAUUUUCCAAAUAAAAAAUGUAUUUUAUUAAAUGUACCAUUAUUGUAACAGCAAUGUUUACUACAUUUGCGACGAAAGUUUAUGGAAACGAUGAAAACGAUCAUAAGUGUGAUGAUCAUGUAACAGGAGAAGCGGAAAAUGGCGAACCGUUUGAAUAUAUUACACGAGUCUGUUGUCCAAAUUAUACCGAAGAUAAUAAUGGAAACUGCAUACCGAUAUGUAACAUUCCUUGUAGAUUUGGAUUUUGUAAAGAACCAAAUGUAUGCGAAUGUAAUGAAGGCUAUAAAAAGGUAAAAGAGAAAUGUGUUCCAACAUGCAAGCAAAAAUGUUUAAACGGCUACUGUAGUAAACCAAAUGUAUGUGGUUGUCCAAAAGGUUUUGAGUUGGGCGCAAACAAUUCUACUUUAUGUAUACCAAUAUGUAAACCGAAAUGUUCAAAAUUUUCAAAAUGCACACUAGCUAAACCAAUAAAUCGCUGCGAAUGCAUUGAUGGUUAUAAGGAAAAUAACAAAACAAAAAGUUGCGAACCAGUAUGUAAAAGUACAUGUACUAACAGUUUCUGCAGUGCGCCGGAUACAUGCCAAUGUUUUAAAGGCUUUGAAUUUGAUAAUGCUAAUAAAACCAACUGUAAGCCAAAAUGUGAACCAAAAUGUCCAAACAAUUCCAACUGUAUCGCUCCUAACGAAUGCAGGUGUAAUGAUGGCUACACUUUCAAUAAACUAACCGGAAAAUGUGAUGCGAUUUGCAAAGAUCAAGUGAAAAACUCUAGAUGUAUUCGGCCACCAAAUACAUGGGAAUGCAACGAUAAUUAUAAACGAGAUCCUGAAAUUGACAGGUGUGUACUGGAAUCCUGCGUAUGCGAAAAUAAUGGAUAUUGUUUAGAUAACAAAGACAAAUGUGAAUGCUACGAAGGUUUCACAAAAAAUGCGACAACUGAACAAUGUGAAGCGAUUUGUCAACCUAACUGUAUAAACUCCACCUGCGUCUCUAAUAACAAUUGCCAAUGUUAUUCCGGAUAUUACAAAACAACUCAAUCUCAUAUUUGCGAACAUAAUGAUUACUGCAAUGGCCAGCCGUGUGAAAAUGGUGAGUGUUUAUUAACAGGAGAAUGCAAAUGUAAGUCAGGUUAUGUUAAAUCGUUGUCGUACAAUGGUCAUCUUAAGUGUGAUAAAGUUCAAACAUUUAUUGGAAAAGUUAUGGCUUCGAUUAUAGGUGCACCACUACUAUUAGCAUCAUUAGUACUAAUAGUUGUUUAUGUAAUAACGAAAAAAAAAUCAUAUAACGUGGAGGAACAAGAAAUGGUGUUAAUUCGUAGACAUUAAAUAAAAAAAUGUUUCUCAAAUAAUAAAAAAUAUAUACUAUUUAUUAAAUACUAUUAUCUGUUAUUAUUUAAAAAUAUUAUUUAAAAAUAAAAUAUUGGUCCAGGAUGUACUACGAACAUAUAACAUAAUAGAUUGACUGUCACAUUAUUCUAUGUAAAUAUAUGUCUAUUAAUUGGUGUUUAUGAAAUCAUUAUUUACAAGAUUUUUUGUAUUAUACUGGUAAAUUUUCUGAUUUUUGACAACAAAUUUGUUUAAAAACAAACAACUUGAUAUUGAGAAACAACUAUAAAGGUUUACAAGAAGUUUUCUUUAAACCUGCGUGAAAUUUUUUUUUUAAUUUUGAACAUUAAACCAGUAUGUACCUAUAUUAAUAUGUUCCAAAAACUAAAAUAAUUUGUAAUUUAUAAAAAAUACUAAAUUCCAAUAUCUAUUUGAGACACUGUAUGUAUUUAGAGAAAAAAAUGUUCAUAAUUUAGCAUUUUUCAUUAGUGUGAUUAAAAUAAUUAUAACAUGUACUUAUAAGUACAUAUUUUUUUAAUUUCGGUAACAUUUUGAUAAAUAAAAAUUUUGUUACAAUU